AUGUUCUUUAACCACCAACUGUGUUUAACCUCAACGCCUAUUACAACAGCUACAGAAACUACCACUACAGUUAGUGUAAGUAUUUCCACGGUUGAAAAGGAAGUACAAAUACUUAAGCCUAUUGUGGAUGAUCUGGGAACAUUAGUUUCUGGACCGGCCCAGUCAAUAUUAAAUUCUUAUCCAAAAUCUAAAUUUGGCUUACAAAAUCGCAGCUUUAACUCAUCUUACUUAGCUAAACAUGAUUGGCUUGAAUAUAGUAUUGCAUUAGAUGCUAUUUUUUGUUAUGCUUGCCGUAUUUUUAGUGAUGGUAGAACACAAUAUGAAAAUUUAAGUGGGUCAAGAGGGGCUAAGAAAAAUAAAGCAUGUAAAUUAGAAGCCCAUUCUUUUACUCAAUUUCAUUUAACAUGCAUGGCCAAGUGGAAAGCUCAUCAAAAUACUCAAAUUACAGGAAGUGUUCAUGCCCAAUUAUCAACCCAGCAUAAAUUACUUGUAGAAAGCAAUAGAAAAUAUAUGAGUACACUUAUUGAUAAAGCAUUUUUGUUAGCUAGUCAAGGUUUGGCUUUAAGGGGGCAUGAUGAAAGUUCAAACUCCUUAAACCAAGUCCCACCAACUACACAAGUCAUUUAA